GCUUGCGUACUGAGGGCUUACACCAUAUGUGCCCUGUCCCAGUGCGCGGGUCUGUGGAGAGCCGGGUGCGAGAGGCGGCGGCGCGAGGUGGACGGAGCCGAGCGGGCAUUGGCGUCAGCGGGGAGACAGUGGGUGUGUGAGACACAGAACCAAGAGGCCGGGUCCGCCGACGCCGCUGACAAGCGAUGGGGAAGAAACAGAAAAAUAAGAGCGAAGACAGUACCAAGGAUGAUACUGAUUUUGGCGCCUUGGCUGCAGAAAUAGAAGGAGCUGGUGCUGCCAAGGAACAGGAGCCUCAGAAAUCAAAGGGAAAGAAGAAAAAGGAGAAAAAGAAGCAAGACUUUGAUGAGAAUGAUAUUCUGAGAGAACUUGAAGAAUUGUCUCUGGAAGCCCAAGGCAUCAGAACUGACAGAGAAGCUGCUCCAGUCAAGCUUACAGAAAACAAUGAAGAGGAAUCUGCCUCAAAACAAGAUAAAAAGAAGAAAGGACAGAAGGGCAAAAAAUCAAGUUUUGAUGAUAAUGAUAGUGAAGAAUUGGAAGAUAAGGAUUCAAAAUCAAAAAAGUCUGCAAAACCUAAAGUGGAAAUAUUCUCUGGAAGUGAUGAUGAUGAUGAUUCUAAUAAACUUUCUAAAAAAGCUAAAAAAGCUCAAAAAUCAAAUAAAAAAUGGGAUGGGUCAGAGGAGGAUGAAGAUAAUAGUAAAAGAAGUAAAGAACGUUCUAGAGUAAACUCUUCUGGUGAAAGUGGUGGUGAGUCAGAUGAAUUUUUACAGUCCAAAAAAGGACAGAAAAAAAAUCAGAAAAACAAGCCCCUUCCUAACGUAGAGAGUGGGAAUGAAGAUGAUGACUCCUUCAGAAUUAAGACAGUGGCCCAGAAGAAGGCAGAAAAGAAAGAGCGCGAGAAAAAAAAGAGAGAUGAAGAAAAAGCAAAAUUACGGAGGCUGAAAGAAAAAGAAGAGCUAGAAAAAGGUAAAAAGGACCAGAGUAAACAGAAAGAACCUCAGAAGAGAUCUGAAGACGAAGGUUUGAAAUCAAAAGUGGCUCUUGAUGCAGGAGCUGCCUCUGAGGAGAAAGGAGACAUUCCUGCAGCUAUAGAAGAUGACAAUGAAGGAGACAAAAAGAAAAAAGAUAAGAAGAAAAAGAAAACAGAAAAAGAUGAAAAAGAGAAAGAGAAGAAGAAAGGCCCUAGCAAAUCCACUGUUAAAGCUAUACAAGAAGCUUUGGCUAAGCUUAAAGAGGAGGAGGAGAGACAAAAGAGAGAAGAAGAAGAACGGAUUAAGCGGCUUGAAGAACUAGAAGCCAAACGAAAAGAAGAGGAACGAUUAGAGCAAGAAAAAAGAGAAAGGAAAAAGCAAAAAGAAAAAGAAAGAAAAGAACGCUUAAAAAAAGAAGGGAAACUUUUAACUAAGUCACAAAGAGAAGCCAGAGCCAGAGCUGAAGCGACCCUUCAACACCUCAAGGCUCAGGGUGUUGGAGUGCCAUCAAAAGAUUCGUUGCCAAAGAAAAGGCCUAUUUAUGAAGAUAAAAAGAAGAAGAAAACACCACAACAGCCAGAAAAUAAAGAAGUAUCUGAAGCUUUGGAAAUAAGUGUUCCUGUGGAAGCUGUGGAGCAAGGAAUACCAGAAAAAGAAGAGACGCCCCCUUCUGUUGAACCAGAGGAAGAAGAAGAAACUGAGGAUGCUGGGUUAGAUGACUGGGAAGCUAUGGCCAGUGAUGAGGAGAGAGAACAAGAAGGAAAUACGAUUCACAUAGAAGUACAAGAAAAACCUGAAGAAGAGGAGGAGGAGGAAGAUGAAGAGGAAGAUGAAGAGGAAGAGGAGAGUGAAGAUGAGGAAGAGGAAGGAGAAAGCGAAGGCAGUGAAGGUGAUGAGGAAGAUGAAAAGAUGUCGGAUGAGAAAGAGUCAGGGAAAACAUUAGAUAAAAAGCCAAGCAAAGAUGUUAGCUCAGACUCUGAAUAUGACUCUGAUGACGACCGUACUAAAGAAGAGCGGGCUUACGACAAAGCAAAACGGAGAAUCGAGAAACGGCGACUUGAACAUAGUAAAAAUGUAAAUACAGAAAAGUUAAGAGCCCCUAUCAUCUGUGUGCUUGGACAUGUAGACACAGGAAAAACAAAAAUUCUAGAUAAGCUCCGUCACACGCAUGUCCAAGAUGGGGAAGCAGGUGGUAUUACACAGCAGAUUGGUGCCACAAAUGUUCCUCUUGAAGCUAUUAAUGAACAAACUAAGAUGAUUAAAAAUUUUGACAGAGAGAAUGUCCGGAUUCCAGGAAUGCUGAUUAUUGAUACCCCUGGACAUGAGUCUUUCAGUAACCUGAGAAAUAGAGGGAGCUCUCUUUGUGAUAUUGCCAUUUUAGUUGUUGACAUUAUGCAUGGUUUAGAGCCCCAAACAAUUGAAUCUAUCAACCUCCUCAAGUCUAAAAAAUGUCCCUUCAUUGUUGCACUUAAUAAGAUUGACAGGUUAUAUGACUGGAAGAAGAGCCCUGAUUCGGAUGUGGCUGCUACUUUAAAAAAGCAGAAAAAGAAUACAAAGGAUGAAUUUGAGGAGCGUGCAAAGGCUAUUAUUGUAGAGUUUGCACAGCAGGGUUUAAAUGCUGCUUUGUUUUAUGAGAAUAAAGAUCCCCGUACUUUUGUGUCCUUGGUACCUACCUCUGCACAUACUGGUGAUGGCAUGGGAAGUCUCAUCUACCUUCUUGUGGAAUUAACUCAAACCAUGCUGAGCAAGAGGCUUGCACACUGUGAAGAGCUAAGAGCACAAGUCAUGGAGGUCAAGGCUCUCCCAGGAAUGGGGACCACAAUAGAUGUUAUAUUGAUCAAUGGACGUUUGAAGGAAGGGGAUACAAUCAUUGUCCCUGGAGUAGAAGGGCCCAUUGUCACUCAGAUUCGAGGCCUUCUUUUACCUCCUCCUAUGAAGGAACUACGUGUGAAGAACCAGUAUGAAAAGCAUAAAGAAGUGGAAGCAGCUCAAGGAGUGAAGAUUCUUGGGAAAGACCUUGAGAAAACACUUGCUGGUUUACCUCUCCUCGUGGCUUAUAAAGACGAUGAAAUCCCAGUUCUCAAAGAUGAAUUGAUCCAUGAGUUAAAGCAGACACUAAAUGCUAUCAAAUUAGAAGAAAAAGGAGUUUAUGUCCAGGCGUCUACACUGGGCUCUUUGGAAGCUCUUCUUGAAUUUCUGAAAACAUCAGAGGUGCCAUAUGCAGGAAUUAACAUUGGCCCAGUCCAUAAAAAAGAUGUUAUGAAGGCUUCGGUCAUGUUGGAACAUGAUCCGCAGUAUGCAGUGAUUUUGGCCUUUGAUGUAAGAAUUGAACGGGAUGCACAAGAGAUGGCUGAUAGUUUGGGAGUUAGAAUCUUUAGUGCAGAAAUUAUUUACCAUUUAUUUGAUGCCUUUACAAAAUACAGACAAGACUACAAGAAACAGAAACAGGAAGAAUUCAAGCACAUAGCAGUAUUUCCCUGCAAGAUGAAAAUCCUCCCUCAGUACAUUUUCAAUUCUCGAGACCCAAUAGUAAUAGGAGUCACUGUGGAGGCUGGCCAAGUGAAACAAGGAACACCUAUGUGCGUUCCAAGCAAAAAUUUCGUUGACAUUGGGAUAGUAACAAGUAUUGAAAUAAACCACAAGCAAGUGGAUGUUGCAAAAAAAGGACAAGAGGUCUGUGUCAAAAUAGAACCCAUCCCUGGGGAAUCUCCCAAAAUGUUUGGGAGACAUUUCGAAGCUACGGACAUUCUUGUGAGCAAGAUCAGCCGGCAGUCCAUCGAUGCACUCAAAGACUGGUUCAGAGACGAAAUGCAGAAGAGUGACUGGCAGCUUAUUGUGGAGCUGAAGAAAGUAUUUGAAAUCAUCUAAUUUUCCCACAUGGGACAGAAUUUGGAGUAAAUGUAAUAUUAUGCUGUGAUAUUACCAACAGAACAGACACUUGGACGCUGAUGGACUUAGGUGUAUAAAAUGUUUUCCAUGAGAAACCAAGCAACUUACACUGGUUUGACAGUGGUCAGUUCCCCACCCCACAGUCCAGCGUGCCUGCACUCCCCCUCCCUCAAGACUUGGCUGCUGUUUUAAAGUUUGCCCUUCCUCAAAUUUGGAUUUUUAUUACAAAUCUAAAUCUCUUUCAAUUUUAUACUGAUUAAAUCAGUCCUGCAGUAUUUGAUUAACCAAGUUUCUACAGAUUUUGUGAUUCUUGGAACCUUUUUGAUGUAAGAAAUAUCUUUAUGGGUAUUCUCUCUACAGUGACACCCCCUCUCCAGCGGUUUUCUGCCAUAUGCCGGUAGGGAUUUUUCUACAAAGGUUUAGGCAGUCAGUCUGCUGUUCCCUUAUCUGCUUUGUGUGCAGCCAUGGAGUAAAGCAUAGUUGACUGCUUUUUUCUGCCUGUGCUGGUCAUCAGAAAAGACAGUAAGCUCUGCUAGGCUUCCAUGUUAGUGUAGCUUUCACUCUCAGCACCCACUAAAAUGCCCUAGGAGGGGCGCUUUUGUAGGAUAGUUUUGGUCUGUUUUAUUUAGUUCACAUUCCACUGUCUUCUGUUAAAAAGAAGUGGCAGUAAGUUACUGGAGGUCAGUGCUUUAGCAUUGUUAGACCUCACUGUGACUUAUUCACAACAGACUCAUGACUAUACCUAGAUAUAGCUAUUCCUGGGGAAGAGGGUACUAAAUGAGCCACCAAAAUCCUUUCCUCCUGUUAAGUAUUCACUACAAUGGCAUUUAAAGUGUCAUAAAAUACAAAUAACAAGAGAGAGAGGGAGCUAAGAGAGAGGUUAUGUAUGUGAAAAAUUUAUUUUAGGUAUUAAAUUGAAUAGUCUCAACACUUCCUAGGAACAUAAAGUUGUUAAUAUCUGGACUUGUGUCCAUGGAGAUCGGGAAUAAAUCCCAGGCUAAGAUUUAUUUUACACACAGCCUUUCAGCCUUUUAAGUAUAACAAAUUGUUGCUGGUUCCCAGAGUUGAUUUUUUUUUUUAAAGAUUCACAAAAAAAAGCCUGUACAAAAUAUACAUACAGUUCU